AUGAAUUCUUGGAAUCAUCCCAAAUGGGGUGAUGGUAAUGGGAAUUACCAGCAACAACAACACCUGCUGCUUCCUCAAUUACAGCAGUCGACCACAACCCUGGUGGCUGCACAAACUUUAAGACAGAGUCUGGCCAGUAUCCAGGCGCAACAACAGUCCAUUCAAUCGCAACAGUACCAUCUGUCUCAGCAACAGCAGCAACAGCAACAGCAACAGCAACAGCAGCAAGACCAACAGCACUCUACUGGAAGGAGUGUACAGCUAGCGCUGCAGAUCCCUAUCCACUCAUACUCGUACCAUUAUUCCAACGGGUCUGGUGCUGAGUACCCCGGCACUUCACACGUUUACCAUGACGAUCUGUCUCAACUGUCCCAGAUGCAACUGAGCAGCAACAUCUCUCCCCAGACACAGCUUGCAGCAUACUCCCCAUUAUUGCAACAACAGUCGAGUCAUUUGGACCAGGAUCAGUAUAACAUAUGGCAGCAACAACAACUGCAACAACACGCACACGGAGCAGGUUCCCUAGUGCGACACCAGUUAAAUUCGUUUGGGUAUCCAUCUUCAUCGGAUGUGAAGCUUGAAUCAGAAGACUCCAUGAUGGGUGGCAAGCUCAACCACUCUGGUUCGAUCAGCUCAUCAUCAUCUGGCUCGAUAUCUUCUUUAGACAAGAAGCGGAGCAGAUACCUACAGUCCAAGGACAGCUUAGGAAGCGGAGCAGGUGGGAUAGGUCGAACCAAGGUGGUGACAAAAAGAUCACGAUUAGGGUGUCUCACGUGUAGACAGCGUAAGAAGAGAUGUUGUGAAACAAAACCAAGAUGUACCGAGUGCUGCAGACUUGGGUUGAGUUGUGUAUGGCCCAAGCCGGGGACUGAGCACAAAAACAAGCAGAAGGAUGCUAAGUUGGAGGAAAAUACAAUAGAUCAUGAGCUAUACGGAAAGAUCAAGGUUCUCAGGGGAAUAGUAGAGUACAAGAGUAAAUAG